AUAUGUGCGCCAUUCUCCCCCAACGUACCCGUAGUAACGGCAGAGUCUCGCACCGUGCCAUGGUCUCCACCACCUCCUCUCCAGUUCUUCGAUCAUCCUCCCCUCAGCUCCGAAUCUCCGGCAAACGUCCUUCUACAUCGCCGUCCUCCGUCAGAUUCCGACAACUACGAGUCCUCGCCCUCCAGCCUUGUGCCUCGGCUGAGAGAACGAGGUCCAGCUGCUUGUGUCCUCCAAAGCCGGCGUGCUCGUGUGCGUCGCUCUACGAGGUUCUCCGUAUUCCAAUGGGCGCCUCGGGCCACGAGAUCAAGGCUGCGUACCGGAAACUGGCGAGGAUUUUUCACCCCGACGCGGCCGCCAUCGACCGGAAGGGAUCUUCGGCCGACGAGUUCAUGAAGAUUCACGCGGCCUACUCCACGCUCUCCGAUCCCGAGAAACGCGCCGAUUACGACCGCAAGCUUUUCCUGCGCUACCGCCCUGUCGGUGCGUAUUCCGUAAUAUCUGCUUCUCCGGCGACUCCAGUAUCCAGAUUUUCCGGCUAUACUCGCCGGAAUUGGGAGACGGACCAGUGCUGGUAGCGAACUUCUCGAUUCAAACUAAUCAAGCAGUUAGCUCAAAAGACGCGGCAGAAUCGCGGUAGAUAUAUACACUACAAAUUUGUACAUAGUACAAUCCGUGUUGCAUAUAUAAUAUGACAAGCCUGAGGCUCGAGCCUAAGAUGAUCUGAAUACUAACUAACUAGCAUCCGAUUGAUAUUCACGAGCAAUCAUAGCCAUUACAUGAGUUCGAAGAUGAUGACUUGUUUGUUCAGCGCCACAUUUGAUCUCUAACUCUGUAUCACUUGUUAGUCUUUCUUUUUUUCCCUCUGGCUACACAUUAUACGAGGGAGAGCGUCAAAUUUAAUAGAGCCAGAUAGAUACUCCUUUCUUCCGGAACCACGGAUGUUCCUUGUGGCUGUGCCUUUUCUGCCAUUGCCAAAAGGAAUUACAGAAUUUGUGGGCAGGAAAUAGCGAUUAUAAAGGCUGCAACUCUGCACCACUGCUUUCCCGGGCCAAAUAUCAAUGUCCAUUCUACUUCCAGAUCCAGAGCGUUGAGGUAUGAAUUUUCAGUUUUUAACAUUUGACCAGGCCAAUUAAUGAAAGAGAGAGAAAUAGAGAGAGAGAGAGACAGAAUCGUCAGCUCUGUGAAACAAAAGGUUCCGCGAUUGGGCAAAGGGUCGUGGCACGUGCCUGCAGAGGUUCCAGAAGCAGAAAUAGAAAACAGAAAAACUGAGUGUGUGGAAGCAAUUGGACUUUGGACGGCACCGAAAGUGUCAACACAAGUAAAAUUGCGGUGUUAUCCAUAAAAUGUGUAUUUGUACAAUAUCAAUACUGUAUUUAUAUUUGAGAAUUUUUCUACAUUAUAGUUAUAUAAUAUU